GUCUCAGGUGACCGAGCGAUCCUUGUGAGGGUCGGUGUGGCGAAUCAGUUUCGGAAGUACUCCUUUGACGCCUGCCUUCCCGAAGACAGAUCGCAGAAGCAGGUCUUCCAAGAGAGUGGCGUGACCUGCCUAUUGGAUGCAGCACUUUCUGGAUAUGCUGCUACAGUGCUGGCGUAUGGCCAGACUGGCAGUGGAAAGACAUACACCAUGAUGGGGCGAUCCAGCUCUUCAGACCGAACAUCCGAGUGCGGCGACGAGGUUAAGCGCAAUGAUGGCUUGGUCAUCCGAGCAGCUCGUCGCCUCUUUCGGCAGAUAGGUGACAGCGACGGAGGCUCGCGAAUUUCAGUUGGAGCUUCCUUCGCUGAGAUUUUCAAUGCACCUGGCGCUGUCAACGAGUGCAUCUGCGACCUGCUGAACCCCGACGCAGGGCAUUUGCAGGUCCGUUUCAGCCAAAAGCACGGCUUCUUCAUUAGCGAUCUGGCAGUGGCCGAGUGCCGGACAUUGGCAGACGUUCGGGCCGUGCUGGAGGCUGGCUUGCAGAACCGUCGCGUCAAUGCACAUGCACUGAACCGAGAAUCGUCUCGAACCCACGCUCUGCCCGGGACCGAGACAUUGCGCGCGGGGAAUCAGUCGGGUUUUUAG